AUGGCGACAAACGUGACACUCCUUUCGCCUGAUUCUGAGAGGUGUAACCGGUUCGUGUUGCUGGCUUGGCUCAACAAAUUGCUGGAAACGCAAUUCACACAAGUUGAGCAAAUGUGCUCAGGUGCUGCUUUUUGCCAGUUGAUGCACUUGCUUUUUCCCAAAUCUCUGGACCUGAAAGACGUGAAGUUCCAAGCUCAGGAGGAGGUGGACUACAUCCAUAAUUAUGACCUGUUGCAGUCCAGUUUCAAGAAGAUGGGAGUGACCAAAGAAAUCCCUGUGGAGGAGUUAAUCAGAGGGAAGUUUUAUGACAGCUUCGCCUUUUUUAAGUGGUUCAAGAAGUUCUUUGAGGCAAAUUUUCACGGUCAGGUGUACUCCCCUUUGGAAGCUCGUGAAGGCCAGCCCAUCCUGAGUCCCAGCCUGCAAUUCAACCGCAGGUCCCCCUCUGCUAGGAAGCCCCUGGAUUGGCCAGUGGUGACAGAGGAAGAGGAGUCUGAGAAGAAAGGCUCCGGCAAGACCAAGACACGCAUCGUCUUUCUUGACCAAUGGCAGGAAAGCCACAGGUGGGUCAGCCCAAGCAAGCUGGGGGAGACCCAUGCCUACUGCCAGCUAUGCGACACCAACCUGACUAUCAACAGCAUGGGAAAGUUUGACCUCAUGCGUCACGAGCAGAGCAAGGAGCACCGGGAGAAUACCAGGAACACGGAAGGCACACCCAAGCCUUUGGGAAAGGGGACUGAUAAGGUCCAGGAGGAUUCCCUCUCUUGGAGUGCAAUCACUCUGAGGUUUAUUGAAAAGCACUGCAGUAGCUCUGAGGGCCUGAGGAGGGUGAGGAAUGGGGAAAAGUUUUCUUGCCACAUGGCCAGGUCCAUGCUGGGUCAGAAGUACCCGAAGGACAUAGCCUCCAUUUGUAGCCAGACACCUUACUGUGUGUACCUGUACCGGGAUGUGGUCCUGGGGGACGAGGAGACGGCCUGUGUGGUCCUGGUGGGGUUUUUUGAUGAGAAGGCAGAGAGGAGCUCCAUCCGGCUUCUGGAUGUCGUACAGCCUGAGGGGGAGUCUGAUGCCACCUUAUCUGCCUGCCUGGUUGAGACCCUGAAGAAGUUUGAGAUCCCUGUCGUCAAUCUUGCCGCCUUCUACGCCAGCGGUGACGCUGACAGUGCUGAGCUGAUUGCCCAGCGGCUCAGGGAGCUGAACCCUAAAGUGGUGACCAUUGGGAGCCUCUAUGACCUGGCCAAUCUAGCCUGCCAGUCUGCCAUUGUGGAACACUCCAGCCUAGUCCUGGAUAUUAUCAUGGACCUCCACCUGCACAACUCCUCUUGUUCCACCACCAACGACAAAAUGAAGGAGCUUUUUGCCAACACCUCCAUCUUCAACUCUCCCCAGUCACUCACUGCCCAAUGCCAGGUAUUUGCCAGAAUUGUCCGAAAGAUGCUGGACAUGUGGCCUGACCUCAUCUCCUAUUUCAAGUCACACCAACCAAAGGACGACAAGGCCCAGCAGAUCUGCGCUCAAUUGGAGAACCCCAAGAUAAGGGUGAUGUUCAUGUUCCUCAGCCACAUCUUGGACCCUCUUUGCACCUUUCAGGACAGGCUGGAGGGGAAGGAUGACGACAGCCAGGUGGACCUGGCCAGGAUCCUGCAGGACGCCAGCGGGCUGCUGCGUUCAUAUGCGGCAAGCUUCCUGCGGCCACAGGCCGUUGUCAAGUUCCUCAGGGGGCGUGACCCUACCCUCCUGAAGAAGAAAAAUCUCUACCUCCCAGAGGCAGAGCUGAACCUGGGCCCGGCAGUGGAGGCGUUCCUCACAGAGCAUGAGGCGGACCUGGCCCACGCUCUGCCUGACUUCUGGGAAUAUGCGCUCUCCUUUUACUCAGCACUCACAGGCAGUGUGGCGGAGAGAUUGCCGCUGAGUGACAUGGUCCUCAGAAACAUGGCGCUGCUGCUGCAUCCGGAUGGGAAACUUAGGGUGACGGGGAAGGUGGUGGGGGAGCUGGGGGAGCACCUUGGGCUCUGUGGCUCCACGGAGGAGGUCAGUCAGCUCAGUGCUGAAUUCCUGGACUACCAGCUGACGGAUGGGGAGGAGCCUUCUGAAGAGCCACACGAAAUUUCCCUGGAGCGUCACUGGGGGGCGGUGCUGAGGACUAUGAGAAAGACAUCCAUCUUUCGCAAACUGAUCCUGACCCUCCUGGCUUUACCCCACCCACCUUUGGAACGAGAGAAGGUCUUUUCUCAGGUGCUUAACUAUGGUGAUGCUGCUCUGCCUGAUGACUCUUCAUGGGGCAGCAGGCAGGAUGCCACUCAGGAGCCAGACUCAAUGAACAACAGUGCACUGUCUAACGGGAUCAGCUCCUCUCCGGUCAGAAAUGGCGAGAUGAAUGCAGGCAAAAGCAGCUCAACAGGCAAACGGCUGAACUGCUUUGAUCUCAUGGAGACUGUGAAGCCAUGUUCUGUGGUCCUGAAGAAGAUUGACGCCACAGAGUUCGAACACAAAAAAUCCCAUGCUGUCUUCACCGAGGAUGAUGUCACCUGGACUUCUCAGGAGGAAACCAUUAGGGGGAUCUGUGGCUGGGAGAACAGCCUCCGUCAGAAACCUCAGGCUCGUAGAGUGUUUCAGGCAGGUGUCAACACCAGGGAGAAGCCACAGGGUUGUAACAAGAAUGACAAGGUCGCCAAAAAGCCUUUAGAAAACCCUGCAGUGGGGGAUGAAGAAGUUUGCACAUCAACCUCCACCAAGUCCACCCCAAGCCUCAGAAAUUCAAGAAAGUCCUAUCCAUACGAGGAUGGGCAGGGCUUCAAGACUGGUGACCUGGUGUGGGGGAAGUUGAAGGGGUUCUCCCAGUGGCCUGGGCUGGUGGUUGGCUGGAGGUCUAAGCAAGUCCCCACAGCCAUGCGCAGGGUGGAAUGGUUCGGAGAUGGCAUGUUGUCAGAGAUGCACACAGGGGCGCUCUUGCCUUUUGCAGCUUUCAGCAAGUGUUUCUGCAAUAACUCGUUCUCCAGCCUGCCUGCCUACAAGGACGCCAUCUAUCAGGUUCUCGAGCUGGCCGCAGACAGGUGUGGUAAGGUGUUCCCCGCGGUGAAGGGUGGCAGCAGGGAGGAUGAGCUGAAGGUCAUGCUGGAAUGGGCUUUCGGCGGCUUCGCACCCAGUGGGCCAGAUGGGUUCCAACCCCCGCCUGAGACCAGUGGUAGGAACAAGUCAGAGUCCACAGACUCCUUCUCCGACUACCAGCCUCCGACCAAAAAGAAGACUGUGCAGAGGAACCGGCUGGCUUCAGACCAGGACUACAGCAGAGAGCAAAUGGUGAAAAAAGUGUUGAGGAAAGGCAAAAACAUUGAAGAUUUUUGCCUGUGUUGCGGAUGCCCUCAUAUUGAUAUCUUCCACCCGCUGUUCGAGGGAGGUCUGUGCCUCAAAUGCAAGGAGAACUUCACUGAGACGUUGUACCGUUACGAUGAGGAUGGUUACCAGUCAUACUGCACUGUGUGCUGUGCAGGCCUGGAGGUUCUUUUGUGUGGCAAUGCCAACUGCUGCCGCUGCUAUUGCAAGGACUGCCUGGACAUACUAGUGGGGCCAGACACGUUUGACAAGCUGAAGGGCAUGGACCCCUGGAUGUGCUACCUGUGUCUGCCUUCCCAUCGCUACGGCGUGCUGAAGCGCAGGCUGGACUGGAGCGUGCGUGUGCAGGAGCUCUUUGUCAACAACAGCGCCAUGGAAUUCGAGCCUCACAGAGUGUACCCCUCCAUCCCAGCCCACCAGCGCCGGCCAAUCAGGGUUUUGUCGCUGUUUGAUGGGAUUGCCACAGGCUAUCUGGUUUUGAGGGAACUGGGCUUCAAGGUGGAACGGUACAUUGCAUCUGAGAUCUGCGAGGACUCCAUUGCCGUGGGAAUGAUCAAGCACGAGGGCAAGAUUGAACACGUGAAUGACGUUCGCUUGAUAACCAGGAAGCAAAUUGCUGAGUGGGGUCCUUUUGAUCUCCUGAUCGGAGGAAGUCCGUGUAAUGACCUGUCCAUGGUGAACCCAGCCCGGAAGGGGCUCUUUGAGGGCACUGGCAGGCUGUUCUUCGAGUACUACCGCAUGCUGACCUUGCUGAGGCCCAGGGAAGAUGAUGACCGUCCCUUCUUCUGGCUUUUUGAGAACGUGGUCGCCAUGGGGAAUCGCGACAAGGCCGACAUCUGCCGCUUUCUUGAGUGUAACCCGAUUCUGAUUGAUGCGGUGAAAGUGAGUCCUGCCCACAGGGCUCGGUACUUCUGGGGCAACCUGCCAGGGAUGAACAGGCCCCUGGCUACAUCGCUGAAUGACAGACUUAACCUCCAGGACUGCCUUGAGGUUGGACGUGUGGCUAAGUUUAACAAGGUGCGCACUAUCACCACAAAGUCCAACUCCAUCAAACAGGGGAAGUCUGCGACUCUGCCAGUCACCAUGAAGGGGAAAGAGGACUAUCUAUGGUGCACUGAGAUUGAGAGAAUUUUUGGUUUUCCCAAACAUUACACAGACGUGAACAACAUGGGGCGGGGUCAGCGUCAAAAGUUGCUGGGCCGGUCCUGGAGUGUCCCUGUAAUCCGACACUUGCUCGCCCCUCUCAAGGACUACUUCGCCUGUGAAUAA